AGUGAGGGAGACAGAGAGAGAGAAAGAGAGGAGGGAACAGUGAGGGAGACGGAGAGAGAGAGAGAGGAGAGAUAGAAACAGGAGGGAGAGAGGGAGAGAGAGAGGAGAGAGACUCGGCUCUGCAGUGGAAUACUCGCUGGUUUGAGGGAAGGCGAAGCUCUCGGAGUUAUCGGAGCUCAGAUGCGUUUCAGGAGCGGAUCGUGAAAUAAAAAGGGUUUACUGAAGUGACGCCCCGCUUUGGGAGCUGCAGAUCAGGGCCGCGGACACCCCGAGCCCCCGCCAACGUGACGGAGACACGCAAGACGUAACUCCUGGGUUCUUCUCACUUCACAAAAAGCCUCAGUCGAAUCCCCAGACAACACACGGGAGGAAAAAAAAGGGAAUAACAUCUGUUUAUCUGCAUAUUUCUAUGUGCAAAAAAACAAGAGGAAAAAGCACAGAGAUCGACAGAGGACACAAAACAUCUCAAAGGAUGUGGAAUUAGAAAGAACAAAUUGCCACUGGAGAACCAAAGGGAAAAUAAACCUUUUCUCGCAAAUCCACCAGAGUGGAGUCACCUCACCUGUACCUUCGGAUUAAAGAGCAGGGUCAUGUCCCAGUUGCCAUGCGCAUCGCCACGCUGACCUGCCUUCCCGGCCCCUCCCCCUUCCUCUUUCUAUUGGCCCAGCUGCUACUGCGGCUCCUCCUCCCUGGGCCGGAGUUGGUAGGAGCCGCUUCCUCCUGCCCCUCCCUCUGCACCUGCUCCAACCAGGCCAGCCGAGUCAUCUGCACCAGGCAAAACCUGGAGCAGGUGCCCGAGAGCAUAUCUGUCAACACGCGAUACCUCAAUCUGCAGGAGAACUCAAUACAGAUUAUCAAGUCUGACACCUUCAAGCACUUGAGGCACCUCGAGAUCCUCCAACUCUCCAAGAAUCAGAUCCGUCAGAUUGAAGUCGGAGCAUUCAAUGGCCUCCCCAACCUCAACACGCUGGAGCUCUUCGACAACCGCCUCACACUGGUGCCAUCACAUGCCUUUGAGUACCUCAGCAAGCUGCGGGAGCUGUGGCUGCGCAACAAUCCCAUUGAGACUCUGCCAGGCUAUGCCUUCCACCGUGUGCCCUCGCUUCGACGCCUGGACCUGGGUGAGCUCAAGAAGUUGGAUUUCAUCUCUGACGCAGCAUUCGUGGGCCUCAUCAAUCUACGGUACCUGAACCUGGGCAUGUGUGGACUGAAGGACAUUCCCAAAUUGACAGCCCUUUUGCGUUUGGAGGAGCUGGAGCUGUCUGGAAACCGACUGGAGAUCAUCCGACCCGGCUCCUUCCAGGGCUUAGAGUCUCUCCGCAAGCUCUGGCUCAUGCACUCACAGGUAUCGGUCAUUGAGCGUAAUGCCUUCGAUGACCUGAAAAGCCUGGAGGAGCUUAACCUGUCCCAUAACUCCCUGCACUCCUUGCCCCAUGACCUCUUCACGCCCCUUCACCAGCUGGAGAGGGUACACCUUAACCACAACCCCUGGGUCUGCAACUGUGAUGUGCUUUGGCUUAGUUGGUGGUUGAAAGAAACGGUGCCCAGCAACACCACCUGCUGUGCCCGCUGCCAUGCGCCGCCAUUCUUAAAGGGCAAGUACAUUGGAGAGCUUGACCAAAGCCACUUCACCUGCUAUGCGCCUGUCAUUGUUGAACCACCGACAGACCUCAAUGUCACAGAGGGUAUGGCCGCUGAACUGAAGUGUCGCACAAGCACCUCCACGACAUCUGUUAACUGGAUAACCCCUAAUGGCACUCUAAUGACACACGGCUCUUACCGGGUGCGGAUAUCAGUCCUGCAUGAUGGCACGCUCAACUUUACAAAUGUCACCCUGCGAGACACAGGCCAGUACACCUGCAUGGUCACCAAUGCUGCUGGCAACACCACAGCAACUGCUGUGCUCAAUGUCACUGCUGCUGACGCCAGUGUCAACUACACCUACUUUACAACAGUCACUGUGGAAACAGUGGAGACUCCAGGAGAUGAGGAUUCUGCGCUGGUUGCCACCAAUGAGACCUUCAUUCGUAUUCACUCUGGCCCCACUCCCUCGGGUCACUUGUGGCCAGAUGGUGUUUCCACCACAGCUUCUACUUUGUCAACUAGCUGGUCCUCUCCCUCUCCCCGCACCACCCGACCCACCUUCACUGCGCCCAUCACGGAGCCGGGCUUCUCAGGUCUAGAUGAUGUGAUGAAGACCACCAAGAUCAUCAUUGGCUGCUUUGUAGCCAUUACCUUCAUGGCAGCAGUGAUGCUGGUGGUGUUCUACAAGUUGAGGAAGCAGCACCAGCUGCAUAAACACCAUGGCCCUGCUCGUGCCAUUGAGAUCAUCAAUGUGGAGGAUGAGCUUGGGGCCGGGGCGAGUGGCAGAGGCAGCGGCAUCUCAGGAGGCUCCACCGUUACGCAGAGCGGAAGCAGUGGAAUUGGAGGGGGCCAGAGCCUCCGGCUGCACCAUCCGGAGAUGGUCAACCUGCCAAACCUGGCUCGGUCAGAGCACCUCAACCACUACUACAAAACCCAUCACUUCAACAACAACAUGAUGGGCCUGGGCAUGGGCACAGUCUCCGGUAUGGGCCUCAACAACAACAACAACCCCUCAUCCUGCUCUCAGAACACAUCCUUAUCCUGUUCCCAGGUUCCAACUUCCACAUGUGGGGGAAAUACCACAGGUGGCACCUUACCCUCCCCUGUACCCCUUCCCCAGCUGGGUCUCCACAGUUCUCUGAAAGGCCUCAUGGGGAAAGGCCAGAAUGAGCCACUGCUUUUUAAGAGUGGCUCCAAAGAAAAUGUGCAAGAGACUCAAAUCUGAGUAAAAGUGAGAGUGGAAGUAAGAGUUAAGGAGAAAGGGAUGCUGGAUAGAGACAAUGACACAGAAAGUGUCUGUGAGUAUAUGAGACUGAUUGUAGCCUUCUGUCCUCAUGGACAGGUUCCAGCAGACAUGAAAUUUCACAUAGUCACUGCUUUGUGGGUGAGAAGCAGAUAGAAAGACUGAAGGAGACAGAGGACAAUAUCUGAUCACUAGGCCCAGAAUAGCUUCUGCACAUAAUUUUUAACGAAACAAACAUUUAUAAAAUACAACAGACACAUCAGAAUCAUUCAGUUACCUGUGCAACCUGCUAAAGUCUUUGCCAAAGUCUAAGAUCAAGCCAACUAUUUCCAUAUGCGUCCACAAUCAGAGUGGAAAGCUACAAUGUGCACAUGUGCAGUGAUCCUCUAGGUUUUAUACAGAUUCGUAUAUUUCCAGACAUAUUCAGUGUAUGUAUUUGGAGGGCGAUGUGAUAAUGGCCAUUGACCAUGUUGUUAGAUUAUUGUUUGGCAGAGAAACUGAAUACCAAGCGAAUGGUUUGGAUGAACGGUAUGGGCCCCAGGUUUCCAGGAAGCAAAAUUAGAGCAGUGCAGCGAUUCUGUCCAGGACACACGUAUCAGACCUGGAGUUUGCAGGGAGACAGAUCAACAACAGUGGUUUCACUCUCCCUUUCUCCCUUUUUUCCCGUUCACACCUUACUGGCUACUGUCUUCUCUGGUGGGUUUAUCGUGGGAGGAGAAAAAAUCCCAUCGCAAAAAGGACAAUGAGCGAUAAAAGAGAUAAAAAGUGACUGAAAGUACAUAUUAUAUAUACCGUAAAUAUAUUUUCAUUCAAAGAAAUAAAUUAUAAAGAGACCUUAUCAAGCUUCAGACUGAAAACUACAACGUCUGAAGAAUAUAUAUUAAAAAAAACAAAAAAAGACACAGAUGUUGUAGUGGCCCUCCCACAACUACUCUCAAGUUGGGACAAGAUGACCGCCCAGACUGUACUGCUAAAGGACACACGUGGGACAGAGGUAUUUCAAGAGAUGGAGGCAAACUAAAAACCUUGCAAAGUAAAUUUGAGUGAAAUUAUUUUGGUCUCAACUGUUUUUGUAGCUGCACAAAGUGUCCACCCCCCCACCCGAGGCAUUUACAUUAAAAGGGUCAUUGGUGGAUAUAGGAUCUUUGUGAUACUACCACGAAAAUAUGAACUACAACUAUAGCUCCUCAUCAUUUGGUAUCCAGCUCAGCUGCAGUAUUAAUAAUAAUGAUCAUCAUGGAAAUAAUGAUAACAAGCUUGAGCUUUGUUUUGUUAUUUAAAGAUCGACACAACACAACGAUCAACAGUAUGUUACGUAUAUUACUAAAAACUUGCACAUGCUACUUAAGCAUGCGCUCGAAAAACUAAUUCUAGAUUUGAUCAGCAUUCGGUUUCAACAUAUACGAUCCAUCACUACGGCACAUGACAUAUUAUUGUUGUGUUAUCAUUAUUAGCGUCCACAUGACUAUUAUUAUUAUUACUACUUGUUCAUACAAAUAGCUGAGUACAUUUUUUUCAUUUGUAUUUGACACUGAAGUUGUGUUAUGACUGAUGCUGUUGGACUUCAGCUGGUGACCAGCAGUGGGGCGGACUCAUCGUGCCACUAAGUGAACUCCACAUGCAUCUGCAGGAAAUAACCUGGCCCUCAAAAUGGCUCCCUCCAUCCAGCCCCCACUGACUUGUCUGCUCCGAUGUCUCAAGCAGUCAGGACCCCUCAUGUCACCACGCAUUACAGACAGGACAUGAACCUUUUGAUGAAGACUGCUCCUUUGCAGAGGAUAAUUUCACAACUGUAUCUCAGUGUUAUCGUGUGUGAGUGGAUUUCAUGGCAACAGGGAGCUAAAUGGACAACAGGCAUUGCCAAGCAUUUUUAAAGGUAAGCGCAGCUCGUUGGGUGAAGGAGAAGGUGACAUAAAGUACAGUAUACAGUGGUGGGUGAAUUUUUUUCUAAAGAAAAAGACAAUUAAAUGAAAAAAUAUAGAACCUUAUAGAUCUCUUUUAAAAAAACAAACUAUUAUAAGUGUUUUUCAUUUUGGGUUUUUAUCUAGUUUUGAUUAUUUUCUGUUUUUUUAAAUCGAGUGUUACCUUUAUUGUAAUAUUGUUAUUGUUAUUAUAAUUAGCUAAUUACACUGGUUAUAAUUAUGAGAGAUGUUCUGUUAGCAGAGGUCACUUUGAAAAUUAAAAAAACCUGGCACAUAAAA